AUGGUAGAGGGCGAUUCAUAUAGCACUGCAGAAAAUAUAAUGAUAACGCAAUUUGAUGAAACACCUACAAAUUUUGAUAAAACAUCUAAACAGUCUCAUGAAAGUUGUACGCAGUUCGAUGAUACCUCUACGCAGUCCUCUGAUUCCUUUACACAGUUUGAUGACACGCUCAAUGGGAUAGAUGGAACAUCCAUGCUUCAUUCUUUUUAUAAGAAGGAUGAUAUUAUAAUACUAAUACACGGUUUAAAUUCGCACAUUAGGUUUGAAUUUUUGAGGAAUAACGUGCAUAUAGUAAAUUAUGAUAGGGUUUUAUUAAAAGAUGAAAACAAUUAUUACGCUUAA